AGCGCCGCUCGCCACCCCCUUGCCCCGUUCGCGCGCCAGACCGGAUACCGCAGUCACCAUGCGCAGCCGCGCACUCUCUUUUCUUUCUCCUUCACGGGGGCGCUGCUGCUCGCUACCCCCCUCCUCUGGUUGAAGAUGAGGGCUGCUUUUGUCGCCUCCCUGGCUUUGCUGGGUAUCGCCAGCUCGAUCCCAGCGCUCGAUACGCAAGAGCCUCUUGAUACGCCCGCGACCAGUGCACCUCCGGCCAUAGAUUGGGACCUCGAAGCCACACCCAACGAGAAUGCGACGGGGCACCUCAUCUUCGAGACCGUAGGCUCGCUGCUGCAGCACUGGCCGAACACGCGAAUGCGCAAUGGCCACAACCUCGUCCCCGGCAUCGUCCGCCCUGGCACUCUCCUCUACCACGGCACGUACAAGAACGAGGUGCCCCAAGUCCCCGAAUGGCUCGCCAUGGACCCCGAGCACUCGUACAUGUUCUGCCGCGGCCCCGGCGGCGCGGGCUGCUGGCACCUCACGCUGGUGGCCACCCGCCCGCUGAACGUGCUCUAUUUCGACGGGAGCAGCGCGGCGAAGAUGCCCGGAGGGUCGCUGGAUACGCAGGACCUUACUGCUUGGGGGCAGCUCAAUGACUCGUGGUCGAUGCGAAGGGAGAGGCAGAGGAUCGAUGAUCUGUGUACGUGGGGGAGGAAGUAUGAUAUCGAUGGGUUUGUGAGGAUGGAGAUGGAUUUCGAGAUUAUGUAUUGCGACUUCACGGAUGGCGUCGAGGUUGUGUCCUUCCUGAACCUCGCUGGCGGUCGGGAGAUGCCCCGUGGACCUCCUGGACCAACCUCGCACGCACACCAACACGACAUUGCCGGGCCUGAUUUUUCUGGCUACCCUCCUCCGCACGGAGCACCCGCGCUCGCCUCAGCAUUCACCGGUUUUCAGUCAGUCCUCUCGGGAUCGUGGAGUAAUUUCUACCCAGGGGACCAGCGUAUCGAGCUCGACGUCUCGCGGCUUGUCUCCUUCUACGACACUGCAACCUUCCCCAGCCUCGUCGACGCACGAUACGGCAAGGAGCGUUGGGACCACCGCCUCAUGGGCAUUAGCGAGGCGGACAAGAAGACUUACGAGCAGGUCUUAGACGCGCAGUUGAAGGCCGCGCCAUCCCGCAGCGACAUCGACUGGCGGACGCUGAUCCAUGUCAUCGUCAACCGCUUCGCCGACCGGUUGGAAAUUCUCGAGUAUGCCCUCAACAAGACCGUCACCGACGAUGAGAACGCGCUCAUCCGGUGGGCGAAGGAGGCGCAGGCGCACACGCGCAUCAUGCUUACGCCGUACUUGCUGAAGACGGUCGUGCCGCCGAGUAUUGCAUCGACAGAUCUGUCGUGGGCGGCGCCGGCGUACGAGCUGUGCAGCACGGCCCAUACGGCAUAUAUCUCGUCGAACCCUGCUGUUUUGGCGACGCUCUCGGAUUCGGAGCGGCUCAUCCUCGAUGGCAUUGAGCAGACGACCAAGGAGAUCUGCCGUACUGUCACCCGGAUGUGGGCGCAGGGAGUGCUCGCUGGUAUCGACGAGGAGCUGAUCCAUGAGGAUGAUAUCGACGAAGCUAAGCUCAGGUCCCUCAAGAAGUCCUGGGCCGCGGAGACGCAGCGCUUGAUGAACUGGCUUGACUGGAGCGUGUGGGUAAAGUGCAAGCCCGGGUGCUCGUUUGAGGAGAUCUGCUACCUUCCGACCUGGCCUUUCUUCAUGGGUCGCGGGAAGGGUCCAGGUGGUCCUCGAGGGCCUGGUGGGCCUAGCGAUCCUAACGGGCCCAAAGGUCCCGGUGGUCCCGGAGGACCAAAGGACUUCAAGGAUUCCGACCGAUAUCACCAAGGUCCGCCAGUCCCAGACGACCCGGACUGCAUCAGGCCCCAGCCAAGAUGCGUCCCGCGCUUCGGGGAAGGGAUGUUCUGAGUGUGCGUUUGUGCUCUAUUCUUGAUUGGUUGUAUAGAUACAGUGCUAUUCUCUACUGAUGCGUAAUGGAAAUAAUGGAUGCAGCCUCGGAA